UCACGUGACCAGAGCCCGUGUCUGCCCAAGUCCUUCUCGUCCUGGUCCUUUUUGCCUGUCCAGACACCAUAUGCCUAUCGCCCUUUGGACGAGGGGAAAAGCAGAAGAAACUCGGCAGGUCACAGCGGGGCACCUGGAGGAGAGGCCGCCUCGGAACCAGCCGCCGGGAGAGACCAUCCUGAACAUGGAAAAAGCCUGCAAAGAGCCCGAGGAGCAGCCACAGAGCUCGCCCAAGGCGGAUGAAGAGCGGCCUUCUGUGGAGCCGUCUCCCGAAAAGUCGUCUCCGGAGGAGCAGUCUUCGGAGGAGGUGUCCUCGGAGGAGGAGUUCUUUCCCGACGAAUUCCUUCCUGAGCUUCUUCCCGAGAUGCUCGAGUCCGAGGAGCGCCCUCCUCAGGAGCGCCUGUCGAGGAAGGACCUUUUUGAGGCGCGCCCUCCCAUGGAGCAGCCUCCUUGCGGAGUGGGCAAACACAAGCUAGAAGAGGGAAGCUUUAAGGAAAGGCUGGCCCGCUCCCGCCCGCAAUUUAGAGGGGACAUACACGGCAGAAAUUUAAGCAACGAGGAGAUGAUAAAGGUAGCAGAGGAGAUGGAAGAGAUGAAGCGAGUACGAAACAAACUGAUGAUCAUGCACUGGAAGGCCAGGCGGAACCGUCCUUAUCCUAUUUAAUGUGUUUGGCUUUGAAUUUUGUUUUGCCUGAUGUAUUAUCACUUGAACGUUGCUUUUUCUUACAUACCUUACAACGUCUUCCUAAUCUGAACUUUUUGUGUGGUUUUGAGGUAUUUCUCUUGUAACUGGCAUAAAAUGGCGUCUCACCCCCAUCUGCAAGACAUCCUCUUUCUUCUCCAUUUGCAUGGAAAGAUGCACAGUAUAUAUUGUGGAGUGGAAAAAGGCAAUUUUCAUAAAGUAUAUGUAGUAUCCCAUUUUUGUAAAAAGUGUAUAUUUAUAUAUUAAUAUGCAAAGAAAAAACUCAAAGUAUAUACUGCAGAGGUUUAACAGUGACUAUCUGUGUGGCAGGAUAACAGGUGGUUUGUUUUGUUUUUCAUUUUUGGUUCAUCUGAAUUUCUCAUUUUCUCAAGAUGAACACAUUUUACAUGUGUUACUAAAAAAAGACAAUACAAUGGGAAAAAUUGUAAAGCAAUGAAAUAAUUUGUCAAUCAGCUUAUAAUGUGGCACUUAAUAAAUACUUUUCAGAACUUUAAAAAAGAAAAGUAAAUCCCAUGUUUUUUUCCUGAAUCUCUUAGACAGAAAUGUAAACCAGGUACUGUACUCACAUUUGUUUAAGGGUAUUGUUUUCCUACUUAAAUAGGAAUAAGAUGAUUUAUUAUUUAUGGUUUAUUUAUUACGGGGCCUCGGUGGAACCAAGUGAGGUGAAGGUCAUGUGAGCUAUAUUUUUUCCUCUACUGGCACAGGCUGGACCCAUCCCCUAUAGAUUGCCUUCAGAUACUGGGGAUGGUACCCAAAGGUCUUGUUUGCACUCACAAAUCCUGUGUGAUGCCAGAUAAGUGCUACAUACUCCUCCUGUCCUGCUGUUCUUUCCUGGAUACUGCCAUGUCUACUGGCUAUAGCUGCCCCUUCUCCUGGAUCCUGCUCCUUCCGUGGCCCCCGUCACAGCUGAGGCACCAGAGUUCUCCAGGUGCAUAGCUUUACUGAUUGCUCUGGAGUCCCUUCAGGACCAAAGCUGAAUGAACCCUGUCUCUUAAGAUAUAUGAAGGAUGCCCCUUCUCUAGCUUUAAUAUUACACCUAUCCAUGUGGAUACCAUUCCAGUGCUGCUUAAAACCUCUUAAGUCUUAUAGAAUUCUGAGCAAAAUAGUCCUUUUCUCCCAAAAGCCUCCCUUUUCUCCAUUGGACGCAAACAUGAGUUCACCUGGGCUUGGAGAAAAAUUUGUGAGCCAGACACAAUGCUAUGUGCCUAGAAUUGGAACCCCCCUCUUUCAAAUGAUUUCCAAGGAUAACUAUGGUUGUAAUUCCCCAAUACUUGUCUUAGGGUGAGUUCUCUCCCAGAGGCUUCUGGCAGGCUUGCCUUACCAAUUCCUCUAACUUGCUCAGUAUGUAUAAGAGGAAAUUAUGACUUAAGCUCAAGCUAGGAUAUUGCCCAUCUGCCCCAACCUACACCAACAAGAAACAUGCGGAAAUACUUUGUAAGUCAUUAAAUUACUAUUAAACUUGUUUGUAAAAAUCUAAAA